GUAAGAACUAUAUAAAGAGCUUGGAAUCUAGAUGUCCCAAGGUGCAUUCAAGAAAGACCAUUUCCUCUUUUUCCACAGGGUAACAAACAUGAACACCCUUUUUCUUUGUGUGCUCUGCGUCUCGCCGCUAAUCUUUGCCUUUGCCUCUGGAAACAAACCGCCCCCAGGGGCAUGCACAAAAGGAAAACAACAAAUAUGUGUUCGGAAUGCAACUUGUGUAAACAAUCAAUGUGUGUGCAACCCCGGCUUGAAAGGUGAUGGUCGCUUCGAGUGUGUCCAGAAAGACGAACACGUGUGUCAAGUAACGGCCGACCCACGUGACUACGCUUUCGAAGGAGGCAGAGCUCGCAUUUAUAUUCCCUGUAAAUAUCGUCUAACAAAGUUCAUGACCACCUUCCGCAACUCACAGUCUAAGAUGAGAUUCUGCGAGUUCGAGGCUUUCAGCUUCGGCAAGAUUGUUGAUGGACAUAACUUUGUUGGCGGACUUGAAGUUAAAGUGUUUGUCUACGACAGCGAAACUCAACAAGCCUAUCAGAGAGACUUUCUCAAGUUUGAGAUCGAUUCGGCCGGAAUUGCUAGCGAGGGCCAUCGUCUCCGAUGGGGCAGCUCGCAAUCGGCUUCAAUCUUUCACGGAGUCGGAAUCGUGUGUAAGUUCGACAUAGAAGAGAAAUUUGCCAUCUUGGACGUCAAGGACUGUGGAGUUCGCUUCAAGUUCCGGUCUUACAACCCCAGGAACCCCGCCAACAAGCAGCACUUGAUGCCAGGACUGUCCAUUAAAGUUCCUGCCACCGCCAUCUUCACUACCAAUGAAAAGACGGAAAGUUUUCCUAAUGUUCUGUGCGGUCGACCAUCACCACAAGACGACAGCGAGAUCUUCAACAGGGAAUUAGUUCGGCUAAAACUGGAUAAACGACAUCAGGUUAUGCUUUACACCAUAUUGGAGCAGAGACUGAAUCAGACUCUGAUAGCUAAUCAGUCCCAACUUCUUCCAUAUGGUAACGACUGCAGAAAUAGUUUUCAACUGUUUAAAACCUGUCGCCAUAAGAGCUUGGCAGUAAGAGCAUGCAGUGGAGUGGUCAAGAACACCAAGACGGUCAGAUGUUUAGGAACGAUGGUCAUGGCCAUCUUCAACCACUGCCUGUCCCAGGUGUGUGGAGGGUCUCUGUGUAACCUCGACUUUGAGGCCACGUACGGAUGUCACGCGCCGUUGACAUUUACCCAAGAGAAGAAAAAGAACUGUUAGAAACAGAUUUUCUUCAGAGCUUCUUUGUUUGGACUCACACCUGACAGAAAGGGAAAAAACUUGAGUCUGC